AUUCCUCCCGAGACUCGAGAUUCAGUUGCGUCGAUCAUAAGAUAAAUACGUGUUUGAUACGCUAUAUAGCCCAAAGGUGGGGCUGAAGGCGUCAAUAACUCCAACCGGAGUUUAUAACCUCAAAAAAAAAGCUCCUUCGUUGACGCUGACCCGGCCGACCCGGCUAACCUGACGAAGAUGCUAGAGGUCGAGAAGAUGCUGCAACUGAGAAGAUACCUGACGCUCAUCGUCCGUUCGCAGCUACGUUCCCCGCGAUACGAGACGGUAAGGAGUCAUCCGCCGCGCCACGGAGGUUAUGUCGUCGGUUACGUGCUUCCUCGACACACGGGUCUGCGACCCGAGAUUUGCGUCGCGACGUGCAACAGGACGUAUGGCACGACGGCCCCGCAGUCGUCGCAGUCCGACGUCGUCGAUCACAAACUGAUGUCGUUUUGCGACGAUAUUAAGAAGGGCCGGGUCUCGGCGGAUGGUCUGAGGGAGGUUAUCGACUUGUGCAACAAGAACGAUUAUCACCUCCCUCACGAUACUGGCGUUCUGUUGCUCAAAUGUUGCGGCAAUCUACUACCCGAUCUAGAGGCAACCGAGAGAGAUCAUCUUGCGGGCCAGGUAUGGCGUUUGGCGAAGAAGAAUGAUAAAGCAUUGACGUUGGAGUAUUACAAUACAUUGCUGGGCAUUAACGAGGAGAACUCCAAGUUUGUGAGUCCCAAGAAGUUCCUGACGAACAUGACUGUGGAACCGGAUGAGAACACCUAUCGCUUGCUGUUGAACACAGCUACAAAGACAGGUAAUAGUGAAUACUUAUGGGAAAUCUUGUCCAUGAUAAAGGACAAAAAUAUAGCUGUCUAUGAAGAAGCGGUCAAUGCGUUAGUACAGAAUUACGUAACAAAUGGCAAUAUCGCCGAGGUUGAGCGAACGAUAACACUAAUGCGAGAGGCCGAACUGUCGACAGCCAAGGCAUAUACCGAGCUGGCGUGCGGAUAUGCGAGACUUGGCGAUAUUCCGAAUCUAGUCAAGAUAUUAAACGAAGAGCCACAGAGCAACACAGAUCUUUUGAGGAUAAUAAAGGCUCUGAGUAUGUCGAACAACAGCAGGCACAUCCCAGUUGUUUUAAAUUUUCUAAUGACCUCGGUACCAGAGAUCGAGUUCGAGAUCUCUAGGAUGAUCGCGGAACUCGUACGCGCCAAUCAAGUCACAGACGCUCAUACCAUUAUAAAUUGUCUCGCGAUGAACAACGUGACGAAGGACAUCGUACAGAGUUUUGUAAAUAGCUUUAUGAAUGAAUUGGUAAUGAUAAACAUGCCGAUUGACGAUAUCAUUAAGUAUGCCAACGACUUUUCUGAUUCCGGUUACAGCCAACACACGUUGACCGACUUAGCUGACAUCGGUUUGAAGCUGGGUAGAGAAAAACUGUGCCUCGCGAUAUUUCAGGCGAUGAGAAGUAAUAAUAUCGAGAUACGACCGCAUUAUUAUUGGCCUUUACUAUUGAGAGGGUAUCACGACAAGGGGGAGGCUGAAAUAUUUUCGCUUGUAAAGUCUAUGGUGAAUGAGGGUGUAGAAAUAGAUUCCGAUACCUUACUUGAUUACGUAUUUCCAUACGUAAAUACCGCAGAUCCGAUUACUACUUUAAAGAAAUUAUUGCUGAAUAACGUACCGGGUGCUGUCUCGUUUACGCCUCUAUUAGCUUUUCUGCUGCAUAAUAACCGGCUACAGGAUUUAGCGUCACUGUGCAAGCAUUAUACGCGCUACAAGGUGUAUUAUAAAGAAUUGAUGAGACCACUCGUACGCGCCUAUCUCGCCACUAAAGACGUCAAAAAUUGUGUAAUGUUAUUGACGGCAUCUCCACAAGGUCAAGAUUUCGCUGGUUUGUUCUUGAAAUCGUUGUUAAAACCCGAAUAUCCGGUUUAUAUAGAGGAUCUACAGCUUCUCCUGGAAGAAUUACAAAAAUGUGAAAUAAAGAUAUCGCAAGAAGACGCGACCGUUCUCAAGGACAGACUGAAACAGAACGAAAAUUUUAAUGUCACGACAAAGGUGGCGAAUUUAAUAGACAAUUUGGUUGAUCCGAAUAUAAAAAUUUCGGCUCUCAACCGGCAACACCCGAAAUAUAUGACUACCAAGGAAUUAACAUACUACCUAACGGAGCUGAAGAGCGAGAAAGUCUCUACUAAAAACGUUCUGCAUAAAUUACUGGUUGCGUACUGUAACGAGAAUAAUCUCAAGAGAGCUGAAGAGAUAAAACGAGAAUAUGACGCGUGCCAGUACGAAUGGACGUUCGGUAUGCGGGCGAUUUUGUUCGAACUGUAUCUCAAGCACAACAAGUUAGACGAGGCCGAGGCACUGCUGCCCGAUUUACAAGUCUUGCCCGCUGAAUUCCAGAUAAAUAAAUUUAAAGUUGUGACGUAUGCCACCGCGUUGGUGAAGGCGAAUAAACCUACAAAGGCUUUCGACGUUAUUGAUACAUUCAACGCCAUUGAUGAUACCAACGUAGACACGCAGGCACCGUGUUGGACACUUCUGCAAACGCUAGCACAGAGUCAGUAUCACGCUCACACGAAGGACAUGUUAGACUUGCUUGUAAGGAAAAAUUACUGUCAGGUAACCACGGAACUGCUGAGGCCGUUGGUGGCGGUACCGUUAGAACGCAACAACAUCCUGGACACUGUAGAUGUAUUCGCAGAAUGCGCGCAAAAGUAUGGCAAGGCGCCGUUGGCAUUACAAUUAUUGACAGCGUUGCUGGAGCAGAAGGAUAGUUCAAGAUUGCAAAACGCGAAUAACUACAUAGAACAAGUGUAUAAUAUAACAGCUAAUACCUAUUCUGUCAAAGUGGCGAAUACGUUACUGGCGAUAGCAUUAGCGACGUUGAACAAGACAGAGAAACUGCAAGCUUUGUUAGAGAAUCACGAACUCUCCAUGAACUGUCUUGUAUACUAUAUCAUUAACACAAAAACUGACAGUGAUACAGAUGGUUUGCUGAACCUCUUUAAAAUAGCUAAUGCGAAUCAUUUGGAUGAAGAUGUGAUAUGUAAUAGGUUCCUUUCGGUUUAUAGUAAAACGGGAAAUUGCGACCGCGCUUUAGAAUUAUGGAAAAUUAUGCGCACGAAGAAUAUCGAGCCUAGCGAACGGUUCAAGAAGAACUUUAUUCAAUUUUUAUUGUCAAAUAAAGUUUCGCUUCCUCCAGAAUUAGACAGACAAGCAAAACGACGUUAAUUAAAUGGAUUAAGAACAGCAACAAUACGCGCGGAAUAAUGAUAUUUUAAAGAUAGAUAAAGUAGCCAAAUGAUAGGAAUUCUUAAAAGAAAUUUGGUAAGAACAAUCUGUACAAUAAAAAUAAUUUAUAAAAUAA